CAGCCGUGCUCGUGCUCGUCUCCCCCACCAAAAGACCCACCCGACCGGGGGCGACACCAUCACACACCAACCCGACAUUCCCUCGUGCUCUUCCCAUCCGCGACUCCAAAAUUCCCGUCCGCUCCUCCAGGCAAGCAAGCACGGAAACCCACUCAUCACUCACUCACUCCCCCAAACCCAAACCCUAGCUACUACUAGCUCCCCGCUCCGGAUCAAGCGCAUCUCGAGUUCGAGCGAGCAUUCCCCUCUUCGGUUCGAGUGGGUUGGCUGGCGGCAGAUGGGCUCCGACUCCAAGGAGUUGCUCGGGAUCGAGCCGCUCGAGCUCCGGUUCUCCUUCGAGACGAAGAAGCAGAUCUCAUGCUCCAUGCAGCUGACGAACAGAACAGAUGACUACAUCGCCUUUAAGGUCAAGACAACUAGCCCAAAGAAGUACUGCGUCAGGCCGAACAGUGGCAUUGUGCCGCCACGGUCCACCAGCGAUGUCAUCGUAACAAUGCAAGCCCAACGGGAGGCACCAGCAGACAUGCAGUGCAAAGACAAGUUUCUAGUGCAGAGCGUUGUGGUGACUGAAGGCACAACAACCAAGGAUGUCACUGGAGAGAUGUUUAACAAAGGAUCAGGUAAUGUGGUGGAUGAGAGGAAGUUGAAGGUUGUCUAUGUCCAACCACCACGACCACCAUCCCCCGUGCGUGAGGGAUCUGAAGAAGGCUCGUCUCCUCGGGCUUCAUUAUCAGAAGGGGGCAACUUGAAUUAUCAAGAUACGCAGACAACUCGGGAAUCUGAUGAGCCACCAUUGCUAUCUGCUACAAGAGCACACAAGGAUGCAGAAGAUGUAACAUCUGAUUCUGAGACAUCUGCUUUGAUUUCAAGAUUGACAGAAGAAAGAAACUCUGCUAUUCAGCAGAACAAUAAGCUUCUCGAGGAGAUGGACCUUGUGAGGAGGGAAAUUAGCAAGCAGAAUGGUGGUUUCCCUUUUGUGUUCGUGGUGGUCGUUGCUCUUCUGGGAAUUCUACUGGGGUAUAUCAUGAAGAGAUAGAUGAGCUUGUCUAGUUCUGUUUCGUUAGGCCUUUUCUUUCUUAAGAAUUGAUUUGUUGUCUGCAUUUUCUGAUGCGUUUGCUCACAUGUUCUACACUACCGCAGUCCGCAUAGCAAAUUCAUCCUAGGAUCUGGUAUAUUCUGUAAUUGCGUGCUUCAGAUUGGCUGGCUACCAUACACAGUCAAUAACUCAUCUCCUUAACACUAAGUUGCAAGUUAGUCGCGAGCUUGGAGAGCUUAUGCAGUUAAGAAGUUUGCGCAUCGGUAUCUGUUGGUACAACUGUAAACUUGCUUUCAAUUUACUAGUGUCCUGAUUGCCUGAUUCUGAUACGUUUGUCCUAUGUAUUGCAAAGACAGAAGACGUGGUUAUGUUCA